AUGUUCAGCCGCCGGGUCGAACCUCCUCCUGUAUCAUCCACCAAGAGUUUCUCGAAAGGUCACAAGAAGUCGAGUUCGUCAAUCAGCAAGGGCAGUUCGGGGGUCUCGAAACACCGUCACGAGUCGGGUCGUCGCCGUCAAUCCGUUGCUACAUCUACCAACCCGACUUUGUCGCCUAAUGGUAGUUUGACUCCAUCCAUUAUCACCCUCAUUGUAGGCAAGGAGCAACGAAUCUUUGCUGCCCACGAAGAUGUCCUCGGGGCAUCGCCAUGGUUUCAAAAGCAGCUAUCAUCACUGUUUAUGGAUACCGACACCGCAAGCCAUAAGCGGAUCCACAUUCCCGAUGAGGAGCCCGAGAUCUUCAGCUCCAUCCUAGAAUACAUGUACAAGGGCGACUACUACCCUCGACUCAUUCACAACAAGAAGAGGAACUCGUGGGAGCUCGAGAAGCCGGACGAAGGCCGCAAUGCCCUUGAGGCAACCAUUUAUCAUAGCGACACCGAUGGCGAUAUUCUCAAGGAUACCGUCAUCUACUGUGCAGCCGAAAAGCUUGGGAUGGAGGAGUUGAAGAAGGUCGCUCUUCGGAAACAAGGUCUUCAAUCCGGCAUCCAAUGCAGCACAAUUCUGGCGUCCGCUCGCUAUGCCUAUGCCAACACUCCUGACACCGACUCAAAACUCAGGGCACACUACCUUGCUCUGAUUAUCCGCAGCCGGAACACCUUCAAGCGAAGCGGCACCAUGCAGCUCGAGAUGUUCAAUGGUAACACACAACUGUUCUUUGAUCUCUUCGUCGCUCUUUGUAACCAUGUCGACGAUAUUUCCAGCGCCCAAAGUACGCCUCGAAGCAAUCGCCACUUCUUCUAA